ACAAGAACUGAAAAAUAAUUUUUGGUUGCCAGUAUACCUGUAGUCGUUGCACUGAUCAGUCGAUAGUUUUGUGAUAAAUUAUUUCUCAAGUGAAUUAAAUUAUUAACCAUGGGACGUGAUUCUAGAAAGGUUUCAAGAGAACUUCGGAGUUCUGAAAAAAUUAAUAAGUCGCGUUCAGUCAAAAGAAAGAAUGUUUUUAAUCCGAAAACAGCCGAACGUGAUGAAAGUAUUCAGAGUACAUCUUCUAAAAAAUUAAAACAAAACACUGAAGAUGAUGUACCUGAAGACAGCAGUACUGAAUUUCGAAUAAUAAAUUUUAUUCAGGUAUUCACUGCAAUUUCUGCUCUUAUAAAAUGUAAAAAAUGUGAUGGAAAUGUAGUGUUUCAAACAGCAAGUACACGUGGGCUGGGAUUCAAAAUUGUAGUUGCAUGUAAUAACUGUGGAAAUGAAUAUAUUCCUUCCUGUUCUUUCGUUGGGCAUUCUUAUGAAAUAAACAGACGUUUCAUUUUUGUAAUGAGAAUACUAGGAAUAGGAUACGAAGGAUUGUGCAAGUUUUGCGGCCUGAUGGACAUGCCGUCUUUUUUAGAUAAAUCUACGCAUACAAUUUUACUGAAACAGAUUUUGAAUUGUAGUAAAGCCGUCGCAGAAACCUUCAUGACGAAAGCUGUGAAUGAAGAAAAGCAAGCAAUGCCAACAACUGAAAAUGAAGAUAUAAAUCAUCUAACUGUAUCGGGAGAUGGAACCUGGCAAAAACGGGGAUAUACAUCGUCAUUUGGAGUUUCUUCUAUAAUUGGCUAUUUUACUGGAAAGAUUCUUGACAUAAACAUUAAAAGUGCAUAUUGUAAGCUAUGUGAGUAUUGGAAAAAAAAAACAAAUACUGUUGAGUUCGAGGAAUGGUAUCAAUCGCAUGAAGAUGUGUGUUCUGCUAAUCAUCAAGGGUCUUCUGGGAAAAUGGAGGUGGAUGCGAUGGUCGAAAUGUUUUCGUAUUCUGAAACUAAAUAUGGAGUUAAGUAUGCCAACUAUAUUGGUGAUGGUGACUCCAAGACCUAUUCAGGAAUUAUAAAAUCAGAUCCUUACGAAAAUACAACUGUAAAUAAAAAGGAAUGUAUAGGGCAUGUCCAAAAGCGGAUGGGGAGUCGAUUACGUACGCUGAAGAGUAAACAAAAAGGUCUUGGUGGUCGAGGUAAGCUCACAGGAAAAUUAAUAGACAAACUAACUGUGUACUAUGGUUUAGCAAUACGCCGGCAUUGUGAUUCUAUUGAAAAUAUGAAAUCUGCUAUAAUGGCAACCUUUUAUCACUACGGCUCGAGUGAUGAAAAACCGAAUCAUGAUAUGUGUCCAAAAGGCGAAGAAUCUUGGUGCUCUUACCAGCGCGCUGAAGCAAGAGGAGAGCUUGAUACCUUUUCUCACGAUUAUUCUCCUUUACCUUCUGAUGUUUUAAAAGCUAUCAAGCCUAUAUACGAAGAUCUUAGUAAUGAAAAUUUACUUUCAAGAUGUGUAGGUGGAUUCAAUCAGAAUAAUAAUGAAAGCUUUAACCAACUAGUAUGGAAAAUAUGUCCAAAAACGGUAAAUACUAGUUUUACUAUCGUACAAAUAGCUGCAUACGUUGCUAUGUGUAUAUUUAAUGAGGGUAUAAAUUCAUUAUUAGUCUUGAUGAAUACACUAGGACUUAAUUGUGGGCCUAAUUCUCAUCGGUAUGCAGAAAGAAUGGAUGCUGCACGUAUCAAAGUAGCAGAUAAGCGCGCUAAUGAUAACACCCGAGAAGGUCGAUUGCAACGUAGGCACCAGCAAAUCGAUAUUUUGGAAGCUGCUAUGUCGGCUGAAGAGCUAUUAUAUGGUCCAGGAAUAGAUGACUCAGUAUGAAUCUCCAAGGACUUAUGAUGAUCACCGCAAAGGACUUCGGGAGGAACGGGCUCUACAAAAACAGCGAUAACUUUUUGAAUUAUUAAUUUUUUUUUUUGAAAUUUUCGUGAAGUCAAAUCGAAACGUGUUCUAAUAAAGCUAUGUUUUUAUUUUUGUCAAAUAAAGUAAUU